CAAAUAAAAACAAUUCAUUUAUACACCGAUCAGAUUCAACGUUAUCGAAGAAAAUAAAUAGUUAAACCUAUCCAGUUUUAUCUAGAGUUUUGCUGGGAGAAUACCUCAAGAUUUUUCCUCAGACUGCAGGAGUUCAUCAUCAUGACCUCUAAUAUUGCGAUCUCCUGCCAAGCAUUUCUUUUGGCUGCAUUUUGCAUCUUUGGCCUGGCUACUUCUUUUAGACCACCCCCUCCUUUUCCACACCUAGAUCCCCCAAGCUUCCUUGAAGAUUUUCGUCGAAACCUACCCCCUCCAUUAGACAGACACAGAAAUCCCUCAUCUCCAGUGCUAGAAAACCUUGGAACAAAUGUGAGAUACACUGAUGAACCGCUGGAAAUAGAGGCUGCGUUUUAUUUAAGACCAAGACACAACAGUAGAGGAUUGCCUUUGCCUCCAUUUUUCAAUGUAAACUUCGCUCCUGAUGCGGUCAAUAAACUGCGCCAAUUAGAGAAGGAUAUCUUCACCCCUAGCAGAAAGGGUGAAAGACCUGAGACACCAGGCCAAGUGAAAAAUUACGAGGAUGAUCUUCGUGAACUUGAAAAAGAAAGGGCAUCAGAGACAACCACUUUGGGCUACAAGGAUGAUAUUUCUGGUAGUACUUCCCCAACAGCAACAUCGUUUGUGAAUGUUGGUGUUACAAGAGGAGACAAAGAAGAAUACAAAUAUAAUUAUGCUAUUUAAUAUUUAUUGUUGAACUUUUUAUACAUUACCAAUAGUGUUUACAAAGUAAAGUGAACUAAAUUUUGA